AAAUGCAAGCCUCUGUUUUAAGUCCUCGGCUAGUCAUUCUGUUGUCUCGUUCACGUCAAACAACAAACAGUUUGCGGGCAUUCUCUUCUUCUUCUUCUAACCAGUCUCGCGGUGGCCUUCCCCGAUUCUACUCCGAUAAGCUUCCUCCUUCCAAGGAUGGCAUUGUUCGUGUUAAAGGUGAUGAAUUCUGGCACAUGACUAGGGUCUUAAGGUUGACAAUUCAUGAUAGGGUAGAACUAUUUGAUGGAAAAGGAGGAUUAGUUGAAGGUUGUAUACAGAACAUUGAUCAGAAUGGAUUGGAUAUUGUGGCUCUCGAGAAUCCAAAUGCAGUAUCUCCACAUAACACACAGUGGCAUGUCUUUGCUGCAUUUGGUACUCUGAAGGGAGGUCGGGCUGAUUGGCUUGUGGAGAAAUGUACAGAGCUAGGAGCCUGUAGUGUGACUCCCUUAUUGACGGACCGGUCUCCUUCAAUAUCAGAAAAUCGUGUGGAUAGAUUACAACGUGUCAGUUUUGCUGCAGCUAAACAAUGCCAACGGCUGCAUGAAAUGGUUCUAAAUCCUCCUAUAAAAAUUGGUGGACUUUUACCUCUUGUUAAAAAUUCAAAGCUUUCGUUUAUUGCCACGGCAGAAGCUAAACCAUUAUUUAGUGCUUUAAGUUCCAUCAAAAAAGAAUCAGCUGGACUGAUGAUAAUUGGACCAGAAGGAGACUUCACAGAGAGAGAGUUAAACGUGAUUCUUGAGGCUGGGGCAACUUCUGUUGGUCUUGGACCACAUCGUCUACGAGUUGAAACUGCUACAGUGGCACUUUUGUCAGCAUUAAUGUUGUGGUGUGACGACCAGGAGUUAUUGAAGGUCUAGCAAACUUGCAGGCAAGGUUCAUAUGCUGAGGGGUCCCAAGAAAGCAGCAAGUUAGCACUAUUAAAGGAAUUCAGAAGUGAAGGAUCAAAAAUAAAGGAUAAUGAUCAAUCAUUCGCUUUGUUAUGUCUGGCCUCACCCUCAAUCCACUUGGGAAAGCCCAGUGUAUCAUCCUUGACACAAUACUUCUGAACUUGCCCAGCUGACUUUUCUUUGUAAUCUCAAGUGAAAAUCUGGUGGUAUUGAAUUCCACAAAUUAUUUUUGUCCAACUCUUGGACGGUUUUGAAAAGUCAAAUUGCUACAUGAGUGGUGAGUGAUGACAUUCAAGUCCUCAUUUUUUAAGUUUGUCUUCGUUGCUUACUUUUCUGCAGUUCGCUGUCUAAACUU